GCGAGGGGCGGGUUUGGGCGCUGCACCGGCGGGCGGCCCGCGGUCCCUCGGCGGCUCCGGGAUCCCGAUCCAGGCACAGCGCGGGAGUGAGGAUGAACCUGGAGCGGCUCAGGAAGCGCGUGCGGCACUACAUCGACCAGCAGCAGUAUCAAAGUGCCCUGUUUUGGGCUGACAAAGUAGCUUCACUCUCUCAUGAGGAACCACAAGAUAUUUACUGGUUGGCCCAAUGUCUUUACCUAACAGCUCAGUAUCACAGGGCAGCACAUGCCCUUCGAUCACGUAAGUUGGAUAAGUUAUAUGAAGCGUGUCGCUACCUUGCAGCUAGAUGUCAUUAUGCUGCAAAAGAGCAUCAGCAGGCCCUGGAUAUUCUUGAUAUGGAGGAGCCAAUCAACAAACGACUUUUUGAAAAGUACUUGAAGGAUGAAAGCGGAUUGAAAGAUUCUACCACAGACUGGGAGAUGUCCCAAUCCUCUAUCAAGAGCUCUAUAUGCCUUUUGCGAGGGAAGAUCUACGAUGCUUUGGAUAAUAGAGCCCUGGCAACUUACAGCUACAAAGAGGCUUUGAAGCUUGAUGUUUACUGCUUUGAAGCAUUUGAUCUUUUAACGUCACACCAUAUGCUGACAGCACAAGAAGAAAAAGAACUUCUUGAAUCUCUACCUCUUAGUAGACAAUGUACAGAAGAAGAACAGGAAUUGCUUCACUUUUUAUUUGAGAAUAAAUUGAAAAAGUAUAAUAAGCCCAGUGAAACAGUGAUUCCUGAAUCAGUAGAUGGUCUUCAAGAAAACCUAGAUGUGGUGGUAUCCUUAGCUGAAAGACAUUAUUAUAACUGUGAUUUCAAAAUGUGUUACAAGCUUACUUCAGUAGUUAUGGAAAAAGAUCCCUUCCAUGCAAAUUGUUUACCUGUACAUAUAGGGACACUUGUGGAGCUUAAUAAAGCAAAUGAGCUUUUCUAUCUUUCUCACAAACUGGUGGACUUGUACCCAAAUAAUCCUGUGUCAUGGUUUGCAGUAGGAUGCUACUAUCUUAUGGUUGGCCACAAAAAUGAACAUGCUAGAAGAUAUCUCAGCAAAGCUACUACACUUGAGCGAACCUAUGGACCUGCAUGGAUAGCAUACGGGCAUUCAUUUGCAGUUGAGAGUGAGCACGACCAAGCAAUGGCUGCAUAUUUCACAGCUGCACAGCUCAUGAAAGGGUGUCAUUUGCCGAUGCUCUACAUUGGACUGGAAUACGGUUUGACCAACAACUCCAAGUUAGCUGAACGGUUUUUCAGCCAAGCUUUAAGCAUUGCACCUGAAGAUCCUUUUGUUAUGCAUGAAGUUGGAGUGGUAGCAUUUCAAAAUGGAGACUGGAAGACUGCAGAAAAGUGGUUCCUUGAUGCACUGGAAAAAAUCAAAGCUAUUGGAAAUGAGGUGACAGUUGAUAAGUGGGAGCCUUUAUUGAACAACUUAGGACAUGUCUGCAGAAAACUCAAGAAGUAUGAAGAAGCACUGGAAUACCAUCGCCAGGCUCUAGUAUUAAUUCCUCAGAAUGCUUCUACUUACUCUGCCAUUGGCUACAUACACAGCUUAAUGGGCAACUUUGAAAGCGCAAUCGACUAUUUUCAUACGGCCCUUGGUCUCAGGAGGGAUGACACAUUUUCAGUCACAAUGCUUGGACACUGCAUAGAAAUGUACAUUGGUGAUUCUGAAGCCUACAUUGGAACAGAGAUCAAAGACAAAUUAAGAUGUUAUGACUUUGAUGUACACACAGUGAAGACAUUAAAGAACAUAAUUUCACCUCCCUGGGAUUUCAGAGAAUUCGACAUAGAAAGACAAACUCUGGAUGAAAGUGGCAUAGUAACAUUAGAGACAUCAAAUCAAAGGAAAAGUACAGAUACCAGUCGCCCAUUGGAAGAAACAUUUGAGAUUGAAAUGAAUGAAAGUGAUAUGAUGUUAGAAACGUCAAUGUCAGACCAUAGUACGUGACCAUAAAUACUGGUAGAGAGUUCAUUUUGUCUAAGUGUAGUAUGUUUGUUUUAGCAUUUUUGUUUUGGUGUUAAACUUUCAAGAAUUUGCUAUUUUUUAUAUGAAUUCAAACGACUAUGUACUUAACACUGGGAGUUUUAUAGUUUCUACUUUAUAAAUAUUCCUUUCCUGAUAGCACUCUCAUGAAUCCCCAUCUGGAUCAAGAAGACUUCAUUGCAUUGAUGCAGGCCAUAUACAUAGUACUGUAGUAUACAGGGUAUUGGCUAUUUUGCACGUCUGUGCAUUACUGAACGUGAGUUCAGGUUUUAGACACAACUGCACUUUAAAAUUCAAGGGUAUUGAGUGCAGAAAAGCUCGGGAAGGAGUCUCUGUUUUAACAGCAAUUGCACACACUCUCACUGUUGAAAUCUGGUUGGGUCUAGGCGAUCCCAUUGCUUUCCUAUGAGCACCAACACAGGAGCGUAGAGAAGUCUGGUUCUGUCCCAGGGACAGUGGAAAUUGUGCUAUGGCUUCACAGAGGGAAUUGGAGGUGCCCAAGUUUCCCUUCCAUAUGUUAAAACAUAGGGAUUGGGGUCUGCGUCAAGUGUAGAAUUCUAUACCAAUCCUGUAUGUUCUUACACAUGAGAACGUAAGGUGAACAAAAAUGUUUUACUUCUUAGUUCUAAAGUACUUCACACACGUUCUCCUGAAAAACAUGGGAUGAGCCAUGAGUCUUAAGUGGAAAAGUAUCCAAGGAGAGUGUUGGGAAAAUUAAUCAUUUAGGAAGCAUAUGCAUCUCCUGGCCACCGUCAGGUCUCUCUCCUUCAUUGUGGCUGGCAAAAAAGUUCAUACAGAGGAGUUUCUUUGCUUUUGGAACCUUGUAGUUUGUGUGUGGUUCAGGUGACUUCUUUGAGGUAAACUGGGGAUUUUUCCUGGACACUCCUGAAGCCUUUAUAAUGAGUGCGUCUCAACAGCUACUCUGUUAGGCAGGUCUCAUCCUUUAAAGGAUCUUUUGAUGGUUAUUUUUACAUCUGUGCUUAUGUAACCUGAAUGAUUGUAACCAGGACCAUCUCAUGCAUAAAGUGACACCAAAGGCUUGUUGUUGCACACAGAGCAGCCAGAAGGAUAUUGCCAAUAGAUUCUCAAAGAGCCAAACUCCUUUUUCUCUAGAACAUUAUUAUUUUUAAUCCAGCAUAUGUGAAUCUAAUUUUCUAGUAAGACAUUGUGGCAGUUUCUACAUGGAAGUUGGCAAAAGAGUCUUCUAGUAAAUCAGGUCUUACUGUCAGACAUGGAUAUAAAUCUUGCAUUGUUUCCUUUUUUCUAUGUUACUACUAUUUUUGUUGACAAAUAGUUUUAAAGAUUGAUAAAAGUUGAUA